AUGCAUUCCAAAACCCUUUUGGCCGUUGUGGCCACCCUUGCCGGCAUGCACGAGGCACUGGCCCAGAGCAACUCCGAGUCGUUGUAUAGCAAGAACUCGGCUGUCACGCAGAUCAACAGCAGGGCCCAGCUGGACCGCCUCAUCAACCAAUCCAACCGGACAUCGAUUAUCGAGUUUUAUGCGCCGUGGUGUGGCCACUGCAAGAAUCUCAAGCCCGACUAUGAAAAGGCCGCGCGCAGCCUCGACGGCCUGGCCAACGUGGUGGCCGUCAACUGCGAGGAGGCACGCGAAACAUGCGCGAGCUUCGGUGUGGAGGGCUUCCCGACGCUCAAGAUUGCACGGCCGCCCAAGGUCCGGGGCAAGGGCCGGCGCACCGUGGUGGACAACUACAACGGACAGCGGACGGCGGCGGCCAUUGUGGAGAGCGUGACGUCGCAGAUGAACAACCACGUGGUCAAGGUGACAGACGCGACCCUCGAUGAGUUCCUGUCGUCCCAACCCGGCGCGAAGGCGCUGCUGUUUACGGAAAAGGGCACGACGGCACCGAGCACCAAGGCGCUGGCAACGGAUUUCCUGGGAAGCAUCGCCAUCGGCCAGGUGCGCAACAAGGAGGCGGCGACGGUGGACAAGUACGGCGUGACGACGUUCCCGGCGCUGCUUCUGCUGACGGGCGACGACGACGCGGCGCCCAUUGCCUACGAGGGCAAGUUCAAGCUCGCGGAGAUGACGGCGUUUUUGUCGCAGGCCGCCGAACCCAACCCGCCGCUAAAUCUGAAUGGAAAGGCGAAGACGGGCAAGAGCGAGAAAUCAAAGGAGAAGAAGGAGAAGGAGACGAAAGAGAAGAAGACUGCAGAGAAGAAGGCUGAGAAGGAAAAGGAGACGACCGCCGAGACGGCUGAUGCUGAGACCGAGACGUCGACGACCGAGACCCCUACACAGCAGACAGCCCCCGUCAUCGUGGAGAGCGCGCUGCCGGUUCCCACCAUCCACACGGCCGCGAAACUGCAGAGCAGCUGCUUCAGCGGCAAGGCCCCGACGUGUGUGCUGGUAUUUGUCGGCGACGCGUCAUCCGACGAAGCCUCGGCCGACACACAGACCGCGCUGGACCACCUGGCCGAGGUGGCACACAAGUACGCACAGAACAAGCGUGCACUGUUCCCGUUCUUCGCGGUGCCGGCCAGCAACCCGGCGUCGGCGGCGUUGCUCGGGGCGAUGGAGGUGCAGGCAACCAGCAGCUACAACCGCGUGCAGCUGGUGGCUGUCAAUGGGCGACGCAGUUGGUGGCGCAAGUACGAAGGCGGCGGCGUGGACCUGUCGCAGGAGUCGAUUGAGCAGUGGAUCGACGACAUUCGUAUGGGCGAGGGCACGAAGCACGAGCUGCCAGAGGGUGUUAUAACAACGGUGGAGAAGCUGGCCGAAACCAAGGAAGAAGCCAAGGACGAAGCCAAGGACGAAGCCAAGGUGGAAGUCAAGGAGGAGGCCAAAGAGGAGGCCAAGGAGGUCAAACAUGAGGAGCUGUAA